AAUUUUAACUUGUUGGGUUUUUGAGUUGUUGAGUCUUUUGACCCGAGUGGAGUGAGAGAGAGAGAGAGAGAGAGAGAGAGAGAGAGAGGUUUCUCUACUCCCUGACCUAGUUCUUCAAUCUUGAUUUUUGGGUCAUCUUGGUUUGUAGCAGAAACUCCGCAGCAAUCAGCAUCACUACUUAACACCAACAAGAGCAAUAGUGGGGAGUCUCUUUGAAGAUUGGGACACCAAAAAAAUGCCUUCUUUCACCUUUCUUCAAUCUUGAUGACCUGGGUUUCAAGCUGCCUCAUUUUCAACCCAUUCUACAGAUAGAUGCACAAUUGUAAUUAUUCUUUUUUUUCUAAAUUUUUAUCCUAUCAUCAUCAUCAUCAUCAUCAUCACAACCUUUCUUUUUCUCUGACUUGUUCGUGUAUUGUAUUUUUUGUGGAGUAGAAAGAGACGCAGUUUGAGUUUGCUGCACGCUAUAAGUUGUAGUCGUGAAAGCUUUUGGUCCGGUUAUAUAGUUGGGAGUGAGUGUAAUUCGGGCCUGAACUUUCAUUGUCAGAUUGGUAGUAUCCCUGCGCCAUUUUCUAGUGGGAGAUGGAGGAUGUUUUGCCUUGAUUUGUGUUUGAAGAUUGCUUUGAUGAUCAGUGCUGAAUAGAAUUGUUACCUUUACGGCCACAAUGGGUGGGCUUUGUUCAAGAAGGUCCACUGAUGAGACUACGCUGGGUGGUGCACUUCCUCAUGUUAAUGGCCGCUUCAGUUACGGCCCUGGAAUAGUUUAUCAAUCCCGUGGACUGGAUAUCCGAGAAGAGAACAUCCGGAGGGAUGUGGAAGUUACAGAUAAGCAACUGAGGGAGCCAUUCUCCUUUCCAGAGUUGAGUUCUGUUUCUCAUGGGACAAAUAUAGAUGAUAUCAAUGAUGGAAUCCCUCGGUUGUCUAGGGCUUUAUCUGAUAAAUCUAGAUCAACAAGAACAAAGCAGGUUGCAUUGACAAAGGUCUCAGAAAUGAGUUCGAUUCUGGGCAGGGCAGGCCACGCCGGACUCGGGAAAGCAGUUGAUGUGUUGGAUACUCUUGGUAGUAGCAUGACUAAUUUGAAUCUUAGCAGUGGUUUUGCAUCUGGGAUAGCUACAAAAGGAAUCAAAAUAUCGAUAUUGGCUUUUGAAGUGGCAAAUACAAUAGUUAAAGGUGCCAAUUUGAUGAAUUCACUUUCAGAAGAGAAUAUUAGACAUUUGAAGGAGGUGGUGCUCCCUUCUGAGGGCGUACAGCGUCUAACAUCAAGAGAUAUGGAUGAACUCCUAAGAAUCGCUGCAUCUGACAAGAGGGAUGAAUUGAAAGUCUUCUCUGGAGAGGUCAUUCGCUUUGGGAAUCGGUGCAAGGAUCCUCAGUGGCACAACUUGGACCGUUACUUUGAGAAGUUGGAGUCAGAACUCACACCUCACAAACAACUGAAAGAAGAAGCAGAAACUGUGAUCCAAUAUUUGAUGGUGUUGGUUCAAAACACUGCUGAACUAUACCAUGAAAUGCAUGCAUUAGAUAGAUUCGAACAAGACUGUCGGCGCAAAGCUCAAGAAGAGGAUAACGCAAAUGCUGCACACAGAGGAGACAGCCUCGCGAUUCUACGUGCAGAGCUGAAGAGUCAAAAGAAGCAUGUAAAGAAUUUGAAAAAGAAGUCUCUAUGGUCCAAGAUAUUGGAGGAGGUGAUGGAGAAGCUCGUAGACAUUGUCCACUAUCUACAUCUGGAGAUCCAGUCUGCAUUUGGUUCCAGUGAUGGAAACAAGCCGACAAAAGACCACCGUCAGAAGUUGGGAUCUGCUGGACUCGCACUCCAUUAUGCAAAUAUCAUAACCCAGAUCGAUACACUCGUCACUAGAUCAGGAUCAGUGCCUCCAAGCACAAGAGAUGCUUUAUACCAGGGAUUGCCGCCAACUAUAAAGUGUGCUUUGCGUUCCCGACUGCAAUCUUUUCAACUCAAGGAAGAGUUUACUGUCCCACAGAUCAAAGAAGAAAUGGAGAAAACUCUCCAAUGGCUGGUGCCUAUGGCCACCAAUACCACAAAGGCUCACCACGGCUUUGGUUGGGUUGGCGAAUGGGCAAAUACUGGAUCUGAGAUGAACCACAAACUUGCUGGCCAGACGGAUUUGCUCCGUAUCGAGACACUUUAUCACGCGGACAAGGAGAAAACGGAAGCUUACAUUCUUGAUUUGGUACUGUGGCUGCAUCAUCUCAUCAGCCAAUCAAGGGCCGCCAAUGGUGGGCUCAGAUCCCCCGUCAAAUCCCCGAUCAGGUCCCCAAACCAGAAGACCCUCCAGCUGUCAAGCCGGAAACCGAGCUCGCCGUCGUCGUCGACUUUGUCGAUCGAGGACCAGGAGAUGCUCCAAGAUGUGAGCAAGCGGAAACUGACUCCCGGGAUAAGCAAGAGCCAAGAAUUCAACACGUCGAGAACCCGAUUGUCGAAGCACCACAGGCUAACCAAGAGCAGCAGCCAUUCUCCGACACACGAAACCACCAAGAGGGACCCUUUCCCCAUCCGAAGGCCAUCCUCUGUUCCGAUCAUCAACUUCGACAUCGACAGGAUCAAAGCGCUGGACAUGAUCGAUAGAGUCGACAUGAUUUGAAGAAGCUCAAGGCAGUUGUGACACCGGGAUCCAUCCUCUCUCAUAUGUUAGGUGUGCUUUCGUGAUGCACUUCUCAGGCGCCUGCUCGUCCGUGGUUUGCAGUUGGCAUCGUUUCUGCUGUAAAUGAGCUCUGCGCCCUCCCAUCCGCGCUCUUGCUGGGAUCAGAGAGCCGCGGCCGUUGCAGCACCGUGUGGUACAUGGAGAAUUUGUGUCUUAGGUAUACUGUUUUUUCCCGUGAGAUCGAGAAAACCGGCAAGGUCCAGCGGUGUUCGACCGGCGUUUCUGUCAGUCCAGGUACGAGUGAGUAUGUGUACAGAAUGAGGUAUACUUGGUUAUCUAUUGUUGAUGAGUUCCAUUUCUGCCCUUCUAAAUGCUUAUUGUGUUGUGAUAAAUGGAAAAAGUCAUUCUCUGUUGUGUAGGGGUGGUGGAACCGUAAUUUUAUAACCUGGUCGAGUAUUGAACGGAAUUUUGGGUUUGAAUUUUUUUACUUUGUAAAAGAAUUUGGUUUUCCGUUCAGUAUGGACUUACGGGGUAUUUACUUUGGUGGAUAAGCCUUGAUUGAUAAAAAUAGUAAGGUUAAUCCCUUGUUUACUUUCA